CUUUAAUUUCUGGAAUAUCAGUCGCAGGCCAAGGAUCCAACAAGUGUGUACGUAGCUAGCUAGCUAUAGCUGCUGAAGUGAAGAAUCAUGUGCCCGGAUGAUCAGAAGAAUGCAGUGCUUGGACUGCCAAAGAUCGACUUCAAUGCACUGCAUCCGGAUCGGCCAGGAUGCGAAGGUUGGGCGGAGGUGAGGGCGCAGGUGGCUGACGCGGUGCGGACGUACGGGUGUUUUGAGGCCGUGUACAAUAAGGUGACACCAGAACUAAAAGAGAAGGUGUUUGGCUCGGUCGUUAAGGAUAUGUUCAACUUGCCCAUCGAGGCCAAACAUCGCAACGUCUCGAACAAGCCCUUCCAUGGAUAUCUCGGUCAAAUCCCGAAUCUCAGUUACGAGUCUCUCACAAUCAUGCACCCUCAUCAGCCCGAUGGCGUCAAGGCCUUCGCUGAUCUCAUGUGGCCUCAAGCGUCACCCGCCACCGCCACCUUUUGUGAGACAGUGUGUGGUUUGUCAAAAUUGUUGGUUGAGUUGGACCGGAUGGUGGGAAGGAUGGUGCUGGAAAGCUUCGGGGUGGAAAAACACUAUGAUUCUCUGAUGAACACUAACAAGUUCAUGCUUCGUGUGUCAGAGUAUCCGGCUCCUGACAAGGAUGAAGAGAAGAAGAAGCUGCUGGGGCUGGUGCCUCAUCAUGAUAAGAAUGUCAUCACUAUAGUGUGCCAGAACCAGGUUGAUGGACUUGAUAUAGAGACUCAGGAUGGGCAAUGGAUCCGCGCCAUGCCAUCCCCAUCUUCUGUCAUUAUCUUUGCUGGUGAGGCUAUUCGGGCAUGGACGAAUGGGCGAACGUAUUCACCGCUGCACAACGUGAAAGUGGGAGGCAGCGAGACCAGAUAUUCAACUAUCAUGUUCUCACUGCCAGAUGAUGACUUUGUGAUAGAACCAUUGCCUGAGCUUGUGGAUGAGAGUCAUCCUGCUUUGUUCAGGCCCUAUACUUAUGGUGAAUUUGUUCGCUUCUGCCACUUUGAGGGCAGGGAUAUAAAGUGCCCGCAUGACGCUUUCUGCAGAAUAGCACCAUAACUAAUAUUAAUUAAUCCUCUUGAGCCUGAGAAGCUCUCGAUCUUCGUGUGUUAUCUGAGUAGUGGAUAUAAUUAUAUGAUAGUCUCCCUUGGAUUGCCAAUUAAAACAAAUUAACGCAUUUGCUGCUGCUGUUUAUCUGGUUCGUGCAUGCAUGUUAAUGUUAUGGUCUAAAAUCCAAGGUCUUGUAAGGUUUCAUUUCAAUUGAAUGAAAUCAGAUGCGAUUGAAUGGGGAACACUAUGAUGCAUUUAUAAAAUGAAAAGAAUUUGAAA